AUGCCAGCAAUGAAGCGACCAAGCUCGGCGGCAGCGGAGGGGGCGAAGAAGAAACCAGCCGCUUCAGGCUCAAUCCGUGAGACGGUGGACGCGAUCCAGGAUUGGGCAGAGCAACGCGGUGAAGGUGAAGAGUCAGAGGUGAGGGAUAAACAGAAGGCCCAAAAGUUCCACAAGAUGCUGAGCAAUGGAUCGCUACCUGACCAUAUAGUGCACAUGUUUCAGGUGGAAAGCAAAACAGCCAAGGAGGGGCAGCGAGCCUACCAAACCAAGCUCAUCAACAGCUUGUUCGAGAAGGGCGAUGAUGGAUCCUUUCGCGUGAUGUCUGAUCGUCAACAAUUCCAAGAAUACAGGAAGGUUUGGAAGGCCAACGUCGCCAAGGACAAGACUGAGGCCAUGCCAAAGACUUUGAUGUUGGCAAGUCACUUUCACGGAAAUGAGGCCCUGAUGAACCAGGCGAUCAACAACGGCGAGCUCAUGUCGAAGAUAGACCCUGUGUCAAAGCUUGAGUACCUGCAAUUCCGAAAGUUCAGCCACACCGAGCUACGAGGCAACGAAUCAGGCGAACAAGUCCAGGGAGACAAGAAGCUGAACAAGGAGCAGGCCCACGCCUUGGCGGACUCCAUGAGCAAGCUCAAAUGGACGUUCACUUUGAGCAAGGCGGACGAGAAACGAAUGGAUGAGCAGGGCCAAAUUCCGGAGUCAGUCAAGAAGCUCGCGGUGAAGGCGAAAGAUGCAUGCGAGCGUUUGGUCAAAGACGGCUCCAAGCUUGUGGCUCUACCGGAUAUGAGUGGUGGAGUGAAAGAUGCGUACAAGAUUUUGAGCCAACACAUUACGAAUUUGAACCAGCUUCUCAUCCUCGGCGAGCUGCCGUCCCAGGCUGCCAUCAACCGCAACUCCUUGGAGAACUUUAUCGGGGGCAUCGCCAAAGAUGUGGAAAAGUACCACGGGGAAAUCCAAGCUGCAAAAGCUCGGGCAAAGACCGGCAAGGCUGCCGAGAAGGAGGCGCCAGCAAGCUGCGAGAGCUCUGCUUUGUGUUUGCUCCUGUUGAACUUGUUUGCGUGGGGGUUCUUUUCGCCACAAAGAGUUCAGCAGAUCGCUGAAAUGGCUGUGAAGGACAUCGAACGAUCCAAGGAAGACCCACAAGUUUUGAAAGACCUCUACACCCUGUCCAAUCUGGGGACCAAAGGAAAACACGCGAACAACAUCCACGCCGAGCUCAUGAGCAAAGUUGAGCAUGUUCCAAAAAUCCCCAAGCCUUUCAAAGCAAAAGUGCCACUGAAAGGGUUUCCUGACUCAGUUCAAUCGAUGCUGUUGCCACAUGAAAUGUUUGCUUGUCUAUACCGCAACUACAAGAAGGUCUGGUCCAUUGCAGUUGUGCCAAGCGUUGAGCGGGUGCAAAAGUUUUGGAGAGCCAUGCGGCUUCAUCCCCAGAUGCGUGAUCACCCCAUGACUUCCUCCCCUCAAUGGGAGAGUUGGACUGUGCCUAUUGCCGUGCACGGUGACGGAGUUCCAGUCACUGGUGUGGGGAAAGUGUGGAGUCGAGUGAUGACCAAUUACUCAUGGUAUUCCCUUCUGGGAUAUGGUACCACUCCAUCAAUGCUCAUGUGGGUGUGGGGGUUCUUUGACAAGCUGAAGGUGGGCGACCAAGCAUCAGGCACACUCCUGGAGUUCUACUCCAUAUUGAGAUGGAGCUUUUUGGCGUUAUCGGAAGGCAGGUACAAAGAAGGCUCUGUGGAAGCCUUGAGAGCCGGGUCUUGGCUGGCUGGUGGCUGGAAGGGUGUCCUAUGGGCACUCACAGGAGACCUUGACUACUUCAACGCCAUGCUUGGCACCCCCAACUAUUCCGCAGUGGGUGGCCCAUGUAUGCAUUGCAAAUGCACUGGGACUGGCGCUGCAACAUGGACAGAUUUUCGACCACAGGCUAUGUGGAGGAACACGCGCUGGGAGGCCCAUGUUUGGAGAAAUUGGGACGAACGUUCGAAGUGCAUUUUGCUGACUCUUCCUGGGGCGAGUUGCUGGUCAAUAGCCUACGAUUGGGUUCACGUAAAGUACUUGGGCGUAGAUCAGUACAUCUUUGGCUCAGUGAUGGCCCUCUUGGUUUCUAUGGUCAUGCCAAAUGACGCGAACCAGAACUUGCAGAACUGCUGGGAUUUUUUGAAAACCUUUUUCAAAAACCACGCCACGCCCACACCAUUCAGAUAUUUGUCGAAAUUGUCAAUGUUCAUCCGCACAGGAAAGUACCCCAAAUUGAGGGGGAAGGCCUCAGAGAUAAGGCACUUCGGCCCAGCUUUGUUGGCCCUGUGGUCUCGGCAUCAGAACCCUCACCUCGUGCUGCACCAGCGCAUCACCCUCAUGCUGAAACAAAAUGUACACCUGGAGGAAAUGAUUACUUUCCACAAGGACGACUUCGCCCUACCACCUGGACCAGCACAAGAGUUUGAAGAAACCGCCAACAGCAUGCUCUUACUUCUUUCCCAGGUAGCUGAUCACUUCGUUGAGGAAGGCAUGAAAUGCUUCGAUAUCACAAGCAAAUGCCACAUGCUUCAAGAGCUUGCUAUUUUGAGUCGCUCCAUAAACCCCAAAGUGACAUGGUGCUUCAUGGGUGAGGAUCAAAUGCAGCGCAUGCAGCAGGUCGCUAAAGCGUGUGUUCGUGGCAACAAGCUUGACAAACAAACCACAAAGCUGGCCCGCCACUACCGCUUAGGGUUGCACCUGCACUAUCUCGACUUGGCUGCGUAA